AUGAGUGUGCCAUCCGCAAUCCGCAUCGACACCCGAGUCGCGUAUCGCCGUUUAAUCAAAGUUGCGGAACAAGUUACGCGUGACUGCCCACUCUACCAAACUGAAGGACUCAGGCAAUAUGUGGGCCGUCGCUUCCUUGAGAGGGCGGAGCGGAACCGACAGCAGUAUAGGCAUCUGCUCCACGAUGGGAGCGGGGAUGCGCGUGGUGGAAGAAGGAAGUCCCAAAAGCAGCGGGUUUUGACUGCGCAGUACGGGAAGUUCAUUGCGAAGGAACUACAGCAGGUGCAUGGGUUAGCUGAGUUACUUUUGCGUGCACCAGGCAAUACGGCCCUUACUUCUAUGCUUCAGGUUUUGUCUGCCGGAGUGGGGAAUGUCCACUACCAGCAGACGGUGGAACGAAAUUAUGUUCGCUACUGCCAGUUUGAGGAGAAGAAGUUGGAUCGUGACGAGGUGGAGGAGGAGGCGACCUCCGACAGGCAGAAUCGCAUCAUGCAGCAUGCGCUCAUUCCGUACGGUGAGCGUUUACUUAUUCUUCACAGACUGCAAGAAACCGGCGGCGGCAGGGACGCUGUUGCGGAGCCCGGUAGGCUGACGUCAUGGCAAGUCACAGAGGCAAUCGUGGGAACUCGUAGCGGUGUCACAGCUCAUCACAUGUCGCAUGGGAAGGAGAAUGUGGUUGUGGAAGUUGAUGAAACAUUCAAUAAGCAAAUUGUUUACGUACGGUGUGAGACAUACGACUGGUCUCGUGACGUGGAGCGUGUGGAAAUCGCGGAGGCGGAGGAGCUGCGCGGUACGGUGUUCCAUGCGGAGUACCUCAGUGUGGCCCUGCGGCUGUGUGAUGCGUUAAUGGUGGAGACCCCACUGCACGCGUAUCGGUCCACCGUCCUUGUCGGUCACGGUGUUGGUGGGGCAGUUGCUUUCUGCCUCGCGUUACUUUUGCACGCCCGCGGCUUUGACGUGAAGAACUGCGUGACACUCGGUGCCCCCAAAUGUAUCCAAAAGUCUCUUGCGCGGUACGUCCACGCGGUGAAUCCCAUUCGGGUGGUGUUGGAAGGUGACCCACUGAUUGAGCUUCCAGUAACGGGAGCUGAGGGCGACCCUUUUGUUCAUUGCGGCGAAAUACUACUGAUGGAUAACCGCGCCCGGGCGGAUCUGGGCAGUGAGGCGGAUAUGAAGACGAGAGAGGCGGGGAGACAAUCGGAGGGCGGAAGAAAUGAGUCCACUGAAGAUUUGUUUACCGCUGAGUCACUUAGCGAUUCACUUGAUGCGUCGGAGGAACCCGCAAUGGGUAACGAGGAGGGAUGCGUGGCUACAGGGGAUUAUAACGAUGAAGGUGACGUUGGUGGGGAGGAUUUGUUGGAGCAACUCCGGUUGGCGGCGAAGCGGUACUCCGAAGGAUUUUUAGUGAAUCAUUACGUUGAACACUUGACAGAUACAACCGUUCGGCUGACUUAUGCGGAAGGUGAUGAGGUUUGGGACGAGGGUGAUUACGCGCAGAUGAAGCGCGAGGACCAGUUGGGGCACAGUUUCUCAGGGUCGCAGAAGUGGCAGGACGAGUUAAGAAGCCCAGUGUAA